AUGAAUUUUUCCUACCCAAAUUUGAAAAAGGAAAAGGGUAAGAACUGGGGAUGGACUGACUUUGACUUCGAAAAUGGGGGAGAGCCAUUAAAAAGGGAACGCAUCACUGAGAUUACACUUAGCAUUGAUGGUGCGGCUUUCUUCAGUUUCUUGGCCCAUAUCUCUGUCCAUAUGGGCAUUCUUAUCCUUUUGCUUUCUCUCCCAUCUCCUCGUCAUUUUAUUACCUCAUUUGAUCCUCCUCCUUUUGUUUUGGUCGGCCUCCUUUUCUCUUAUUAUUUUCUAAUCGGCCUCUCUCUCCAUCUUAGCUUCCCAAUUUUGAAAAAAAUUAUGAAGCCGAUGCUCAAGACGCUAGCGAUUACCGUGAAAAAUAAGGGCAUAAUUUCAGUCUCGUCGAAAUUCGAGAGCGGGAAAAACAGGGAACAAAGACCAUUGGUGGAUUUUGAUUCUACAAAAAACAACAGGGCAUGUCAGAGCGGCCUACUUGUCUCUAACUCAGACAAGACAAAUGCGCGAGAGGCAUCAAAGGGACCGUGCAUGACGGAGGAGGGUGCACUUAGUUUAGUUGAUUCAACGACAAGAAUAUCAUCCACGGAUUUUGGUACUCCAGAAAACGGUGCUCAUCUCGUGAGGGCAAAUCAGAGCGGCCCUAUUACGCUUAAUUCAGAGGAGAAAGAUACGAGUAAGGGACUAAUUGGAGAAUGCUUAACUGAGAGUGUACUUAGUUUGGAUGAUUCGACAAAACGGAAAUCGUUUCCGGAUUUGGAUGCUACAGAAAUCGAAGCACAUCUUGUGAGCGCAUAUCAGAGUGGCCCUGUUGUGUCUCUUUCAGAGAAUAAAAAUGAGGGAGAGGCAUUGAAGAAAGAAUGCAUUACUAAGAGUAAGCAAAGAGCUGCAAAGAGAUUUCGCGUUAUUUAUGAUCCGGGAUUGCACACGACAGAUUCCCUUAGUUGGAAGUUAUUCGAAGUACUAGAAACUCUUAGGCCCUGGGAACAGCAGAGUAAUGCUACAGACACAGACCAAGAGAAGCAGAUUCAGACACAAAUGUGUAAUGAAUUAUCCGAUGCACAUGGGGCCCACCCAAUACAUUUGGAUACAUACAUCAUACGGUUCCGGACACAUCUAUGUCCGAGUUUGUAUCACUCUGUUCAUAUACGUAGCAUUUUUGGGGAGCAGUCUAAUGACCUUGUGCCCUUAUUGUCACUGAGAAGAUUAACACUCAAGGGUUGUGUACGACAAGACAAAUCACCAUGUUUUCCACGACUUCUGCAAAUCAACGCGGUUGAACAAAAACUGACACAAUUGCCCAGAUACUCAGAAGGAUUGACUGCUCAGGCUGCUAGGUCUUCAAGCAAUGCUAAUAUGAUCCACAUUGGAGAAGUUAACCUUUGUUCAAGUGCAGUGUCUGAUCCUGAUUAUGCAUUGUUUGUACUAGAUAUUGCAUUCAAAUGGUAUGAUAAUACGACCUUUCAAAUAAAAUCUUCAACUACCCAAAUACUGCUGUCUGUUGGCUCAUCCCGUUGGCCUAUCGGCUUACAAGAUGGAGCACACAUUGUGCUGCUUGAUCCAUUAAAACAAUCUGCAAAAAAUGUAGCAUAUGCGGUGAGGCAAGAUCAGUGCUCUCUUACAGUCUCUCUUCGAGAGAAGAAAAUGGUGAGAAGGAAAAUAAAGAGAGAGUACAGAACAAUUAGUGUAAUAUUUGAGUAUCACCAACAACAUUUUGGCAGAAGAUGCGAAGGCGCUGCAAAGAGCUUUGGUGCGACGCGGCACUGUAGGAAGCAUGGAAUUCGUCAGGUAUCUACAGUGAAGCGCAUCCAUAAGCAACACUGGAUCCAUCGGUGGCCAUUUCGACAAAAAAGGGCAACAAGGAAUGGGUAUUCCUUGAGAGAUGAAAGACCAUUUGGAUCUAGCAAGCUAUCUAUGGAUGAGAAACUUGAUUCAAGGCUUCUAUUUAUCCAUAUGUCCCAGUUUGCUAGAUCGUCACCUCAGCCUUUAGGCUUACUAGAUGGAGGCGUGAUUGUCGGGCCUAUAGCCUUAUCAUCAAGUGAAUUUCCUGCUACAAACAACAAAGCACACUUUGUCAGACAAGAUCAAAGCAGCUCCACUGCAUCUUGUCGUGAGGGGAAAAGUGCAAGGGAAACGUUAGACCGACAAGGGAUAACUAUGAGUUUAUGUAUCGUAGAUGAUCUCCAACAACAUUUUGGCGGUAAACAUAAAGAUGCUAUGAAGAGACUUGGUGUUAACAUAUCCAUGUUUAAGAGCACCUGUAGGCUGCACCAGUUCUAUUGGCGGGCAUGUUGGGAUGAAAAGAAUGAACAAGUAUUUGACGCUAGAAACAACAGAACACAUCUUGCCAAAGCAGAUCAGAGCGGCCCCACUAUGUCGAAUUCAAAGAAGGAAAAUACAAGAGAGGCAUUAAAGAGGGAAUACGUACCUAGUAGGGUCCUUAGACACUUGGUGCGACAGAGAACACUAACACACAAGCAUUGCGUACGAAGAAAGAAAUCACAAGAUCUGCCACGAAGUCUGCAAAUGGACUGCUCAGGAGGAUUGGCUACUCAGAAGUCUACUAGGUCUGUGCAUUGGCCUCUCGGCUUACCAGAUGGAGGACCCAUCGUAACUCAUUCGGAAAAAAAGAUUGUGAGAAAUUCAUUUAAAAGGAAGUGCAGAAGUAUGAGUGUUAGUUUUGAGGAUCACCAACAACAUUUUUGCAGCAGAAGUGAAGAUGCUGCAAACAGCCUUGGUGCGAAGCGCAACUGUAAGGGUCAUGGGAUCAAUCUGGUAUCCUCUGCGAAGCGCAUCCACAGGCAACAUGGGAUCCAUCGGUGCCCAUUUCGACAAAACUGGGCAACAAUGGAGGGGCAUGCUUUAGGAGACAAAAGGCCCUUUGAAGUUAUGAGUCUUUCUGCAGAUGGGAAACUUGUUUCAAGGCUUCAACGUAUCCAUAUAUCAUGGCUUGGUAGAUUUGCACCUCGACCUUCAGCCCUACCAGGAGGAGGAGAGAUUGUGGGGCCUAUAGCCUUAUCAUCAAGUGAAUUUGCUUCUACAAACAACAAAGCACAGCGUUUUGGACAAGAUAAAAGUGGCUCUGCUGCCUCUGAUUCUAAGAAGAAAAGAACAAGAGAACAAGAAGACUGCGAAGAGAUAAAUACGAGUAUUACUUUAGAUGAUCUUCGACAACAUUAUGGCCGUAAACGUAAAGAUGUUGCGGAGAGCCUUGGCGUUAGUGUAUCCACGCUUAAACACACUUGUAGGCAGUACGGGAUCAAGCGGUGGCCAAAUAUUAUCAGGAAAAAAGCCGGGAGACCUCCUGAUCAACAUGGAGAAAAGAAUUCAUCACCUACAUGCAAGACGCUGUCAACUAAUGGGCAGAACGAGAUGGAAAAUGAAAUUGUUGGUCACCUUGAGGAGACGAAUGAGUUUCUCCUGGAUUUUGUUGAAGGCCCAAACGGGGGGGUUUCCUCUGAAUGGGCAUUUCAACUAAAAGAUCAAUGGACAGUGUCCACCUCUUAUCCAAAUUCCAAUGAUCCUGAGGUUCCACACGCUCAUAUAGCAUCAACACAGAUCCUAGGUGAGAAUAUGGGAAGUUUAGGAGAUGGGAGAAAUUCUUUUGGUUCACUGGAAGAGCAUCUUCAGCAAGGACAUAUCUCUGGAUCUAUGUGGACAGUCCCUCCAUGUUCAGAUCCAGCUUCAAGCCAACACAUUCCUACUAGUACCCCCACAAUGGGAAGUUCAGAAGAUCGAAUAAAUUUGCUAGCUUUCCUAGAAGAUGUUUUUCUAGAGGAAGAUGUCUCUGGAUCUAAGAGGUGGACAAUCCCUACAUGUUUUGAACCAGCUCCGAGCCAACUCAUGCCUACUGUUCCCCGGACGACGGGAAGUUCAGAUGAUUUGAGAAAUUUGUUACCUUCAGUGGAAGAGUGUUUUUCGGCGAGACAUGUCUCUGGAUUUACUAACCGGACAGUCUGUUCCUGUUCAUAUCCAGGUCCGAGCCAACCCAUGUCUACUGUUCCCCACACAACAGGAAAUUUGUUAGCUUCAGUAGAAGAGCCUUUUUGGGCUGGACAUGUCUCUGAAUCUAUUAACUUGACAGUCCCUUCAUGUUCUGAUCCAGGUCCAAGCCAAUCCAUGCCUACAAUUCCCCACACAAUGCCUACAAUUCCCCAAAUGAUGCCUCUUCUCACAGGAAGGCAAGAUAUGAGGUCUGUGAGGUUAAAGGCAACAUAUGGGAACACCACAAUAAAAUUCCCUCUCCCGUCUGGAUUUAGUGAACUGAAAGAAGAAGUGUCGAAGAGACUGGAGUUCGAGCGUGGUAGUUUCAAACUUGAGUAUAAAGAUGAAGAAGGGGACUCAGUGUUAAUAGCUUGUGACGAGGAUGUAAGGGAUUAUCUGCGACUCCUCAUCUCAAUGGGAAAUCAAGUAGUCAAACUAUUUGUUCUUGAUAAGGUUCCUAAUACCACAAAUUUUUGUGAUAACUGUAGAUGUGAUAACUGCAGAUCAUUGAAGUGUAAAAGACCAUAGGUAUGUUUAGUUGCAGAAUAGUAUUACAUGGUUGACACUAGUUCCAUGUUCUUUGUGUAACAGGACAUUUUCUUGCCAGAUUUUCCUCUGCUAAACCAGAAUAGUUCCAGUAGUGCUGCAUUCGGUAGGGCCUCUCAUUGUUUUGGCCUAGGUUUUACCUAAAUUUAGCUGGUGAUGUUUGUUUGUGUAAAUCUCUGUUGAGGUUUCUUUUUAUCAUCUUCUGGUGUGGAGAUUAUUUGUGUCCGCCAUCAUUGCUAGGCGUGCAUGGUGAGGAUGAUGAGAUUUCGGGGACCAUGGGCCUUUAAGUUUAGAUCUUGCUAUGGUUUGGGGGGUGCAUUGAUGGAGGAGCUCAGUCCUAAAUUGUUAUUGUUUUGUUUCAGCAAUGGUAUGUUAUUUAGGAUUCGUCUCGUACAGGUUGAAACUAGUUCCCAAACCUCAUUUCUAUGAUGGUCUCCAUGGUUUCUGAAUGAAGCUGGACUCUGAAUGAAGCUAUUUGGAGGAUUUCUUUGGCUGCAA